AUGGAGACGCCCAUCGAGCGCGAAAUCCGGCGCAGCUGCGAGCGCGAGGAGAGCCUGCGCCGGAGCCGAGGGCUGAGCCCACGCCGCGCGGGCCGCGAAUUCGUCGAGCUGCGCGUGCGGCCGGUGCUCACCCGGCCCGGCCCCGACCCCGCGCUCCCGCGCGCCUUGGAACGCGCGCGGGCGGGCGCGCAGAUGCAGCGAGACAUCGAGCGGGAGGCCCACCGCCAGGCGGCGCUAACACGCGCCACCGCCCCGGAGCCCAGCGCCCCGCCGCUGCCGCCGCAGCAGCAGCAGCAGCGGCUGGGCGAGCUCAGGCGAUUCUUCGAGGCUGCCGGGGAGUGCGGCCCCACGACCGCAGACGGCGCGGGCCUGCAGAAGCCGCCGGAAGGCAGAGGCCCGCGGCGCUCGGCCGCGCAAAGCCGGUGCCCGGUGCUGGCCCGCGCCCCGCAGUUCGCCGAGAUGUCGCUGCUGGAGCAGGAGGUGCGCGAGGUGCAGGAGCGCGAGCGGGAGCUGCAGCGCCAGCGGCGCAGCAUCUACGGCACCGCCGAGUUCAAGGAGCCCGCGCCCAGCCUCACGGCGAGUACCGGUGAUGGAAAGCUGGCGGUGAUCUGGCCCCCUCGCAGGAAGCCUUCGGAGAACGGCCUGGCGCAGGCCCUUCGCUCUGAGCAGUGCGGUCUGUUUUCUUCAGGCACCUCUCCACCGGGCUGGGGCCAGAACGGGCAGGUGACGGAAGGUCGGAGAAAGGCAGGGGAGAGGCGCGGUCAGGUGUGCGCGAACGCGCUCUUAGCACCGGGUUCCUGCGCCUCCCGCUCCGCGGCCCGGCCCGGGCCCGGAUACCCCCUCGCGGUCUAA